AUGGACUCAGCAAACCCACAUCACAUGGAGUGGCAUGCUGAGCCUAGGAAGGGACAAGCCCUGAGUGCUUGAGAGUAUGGGGUCUGCUCCAAGCCCACUGCCUUCUGCACUGACCUCUCCUCUCCCUCUGCAGGACUUCAGGGGGACAAGAAGUCCAUCAUAAAAUUUGAAUUUAACCCCAAAGAUGGGAUCGACAACCCUGCCUUGUCACUGGCUGAGGACGUGGGUGGCGAGGGCGUGGGGCAGCCCCGGUUCUGCCUCCUGAGCAAGGGCAGCACAGAGACCUUUGGCUUCUGCCUCCAUGAGGAGCUGGGCUGCCCGGGCCAUAUCAUCAGGCGGGUGGAACUGGGGGGCCUGGCCCAGCGCAGAGGGCUGCAGGAUGGGGACCGGCUCCUCCAGGUCAAUGGCCACUUUGUGGAUCACAUGGACCACCAGAGGGUGGUACAGAAGAUCAAGUCCAGUGGGAACCAGGUCCUGCUGGCAGUGCUGGAUGGGGAGUCCUACGAAGCAGCCAGAGCCCUGGGCAAGGACCUGUCCCAGAUGCUGCCAUCUGACAUCCGCCCUCGGCUCUGCCACAUCACCCGGGACAAAAGUGGCUUUGGCUUCAGUGUGUCGGGUCUGGAAGGCACCAAGGGGACCUUCCAGCUAUCGGUGCGACAGGACGGGCCGGCAGAGAGAGCAGGGGUGCCACCGGGCUCCUGGCUCCUGGAGCUGAACGGAACCAGCGUGAGGAGCUACUCACACAUACAGCUCGGCAGAAAGCUGAAGCAGAGUGGCAGCAAGGUGACGCUGUUGGUGGCAUCCAGUGCUGUGGAGGAGUUUUAUCGCCUUCGGGGUCUGCAGGUGCCGGCAGCCUUGGCAGAUACCUCCUGGCUCCCUUUCAAGGUCCGAAAGCUGCACAUGGUGAAGGGUCCGGCUGGUUAUGGCUUUCUGCUGAAGGAGGAUGACUGCAGAUCAGGGGCCACAGGCCAGUUCCUGUGGGACGUGGAUGCAGGGAUGCCAGCAGAGCAGGCAGGGAUGAAGGAAGGGGACCGACUCCUGGCUGUGAACGGGGAGAGCAUUGAGGGUCUGGAUCACUACCAGACAGUGCUCAGGAUCCGUGCCCGGGAUGACCAAGUGACACUGCUGGUCAUUGACCCUGCUGCUGAUGAGUUCUACCACUCGAUUGGGCUGUCCCCUCCGUUGUCCUUUGAGGAUGGUGACUCUGCCUCAGGCUCCUGCACACCUUCCCUGCCCUCCCCCAGUGACUCCCCUGGACUCUGUCACGUUGAGGUGGGACCCAAGGAACCUGGUUCCUGGCUGGUGGCUGUUGCCAACAGUAUAGAGAUCACAAAGAGCCCAUGCCAGGAGGAGCAGAAGAGGCUGUACCAGGCUUUCUAGUGGCCCAGGGGGGCCGUGCCUCCAGCCAGGAUCCCCAGCACAGCACCUUGACCCAGGCCACAUCCAGCACAUCCUGCUCCCUGGAUGCACACACAGCAUCACACCUCCCAGGGACUCAUCACUACUGGCUGAGGCUGCCUCCAACCUUUUUAUUAACCAUGGCAGUGCUUUCUUGUAACCUGAGGACAGACCUGUGUCUUUGCCUGCCCAGCUGCCUCCAGAGCUCUCCAGGGCCAUUGCACUGAUGCACAGCUCCAGGAACUCCAGGGAGAGCUGGGACACUGCCCUCCAAACUGUGGCCCAGGGGACUGGGGAGCUUGAGGCUUGGCUCUGCCUGGGGCUGAACUUCAGGCUGCUGUGAGAAGGAGAAAGGAAGCAGAAGAGGCUGACAGAGCCCCCCACCUCUCAGCCUCUUGGCCCAGGUCUACCCCUGCAUGGAUAUUUCUAUUGUGCUCCUCAUCUCUUCCUCCCUAAGGAAGGAAUCCUCAGGGAUGCAGGCAGUGAGCAUCCA